AUGGAGGUCUUGGUUGAGGCCGCUAGCGAGGUGCCGCAGGGCUGCUUCGUCAGCGUUCGUCUUGGGGACAACCUGAAGCAGCGCCGCUUCGACAAGAGCUCCGCCAAGUACCACUUUCCGGUCCCAGAGGAAAAGCGCAAAGCCAGGAUUGACGUCUACCAGCUGGUGGGCACCUGCUCCGUGCAAGUCAAAGUCAUUUCCUCCGAUCCCAAAGCCGAUGGCAUGAAGCUUCGCGUCAGCUCCGCCAGCAAGGAGAUGAAGGCUGAAGACACCGCCAAGCAACGCCAAGAGAUCGAAGCAGAGACAAAGGAUGCUGCCGUGGGGUACUUGGCAAAACAUGGCAUUGAGCAGCGCCUUUCCGAGUGCCUCCGAACGCUGCUGAGGAUGAAGCCUGAAGAUCCGGUUGAGUUCAUGUGCAAGUUCCUGAAAGCCGGGGUACCCGGAGCAACUCCUGAGCCAGCAGUCGAGAAGCCUGCGGAGAAGCCCGCGGAGAAGCCCUCAGUAAGUGUUCUUGAGCCACCGGCCCCUUCGGCCAAGCCGGAGCCAAGUGAGGCCUCCCGCGAAGAUGCCCGCGCUGCCCUUAUGAAAUCCGUGCGCGGUGGGGACCUCAUUGGCGCCGUUGAGGAGGAGUCCACGUCAAAUACGCCCUUCACUCUGAGGCCAUCUGUUGGCACGUGGUACAUGCCGCUUCCCCUGGAGACAGCAGCACCAACUCCAGCACCAAAGGAGGAAAAGGCAGAGGAGCCGCCACUUCCGGUGGUGUCCUUUGGCCGCAAGGCUUCCACAGAGAUGGUCGUUGAGGCGCCGGCUGUUGGCGACUGGCUCUUGCCUGUCACCGGCAACCUGACCCUCAAAGGAUUGGGAACGUCAACUGCGGAGUGCUGUGAAGUUGAGCGCGUGCUGACAAAGGCCUUGCUGGAGCUUGGUGGAGAACUGCAGGGGGAGUACGUUCCCUUGUCACCGACUUUCGCCUCUCAGCCAGGAGGCAUUGACGAAUCCGUCAAGGCAUCACUCAAAUCGAAGAGCCUGCUCUUUGAAGCAUCAGACUUGUCCGGCAGAGGUGUCUUCGUGACGGAUGCAGAGGAUGUGGCGCUGUGGCUUAAUGCGAGCAAGCACUUGCAAAUUUUGGUGAACAAGUCUGCCAAGAAGCAGAUGAUUCACAAGAUUGCGCAGGAUGAAGCAGAUGCUUUUCACUGCACCACUGCUGGCCAUGGUUGGGCAUCGACGUCGAAGACGGAGCAGCUAAAGAAGGCUGAGAUGACAGACUGCGCAGUUGCUGGCCUCAUGGCUGCGCAGGCCGGCACAGUGCAGAGUUCACGGGCGGCCCAGCACGAGCUUCUCAGUGGCGCUGCUACUGGCCUCGGCGGUCUCCUCUACAUGGCUAUGGCUUGCGGAGUCUCCGAAGCGUACGACGGUGACGGCAUGACUCAGUCUAAGCCCCGGUCCUGCUUGUUGCUUCAACAUUGUUUUGAUCUGCAUGCCCGGCGUUUAUGCUCGGACAUGCCAGAUGUCGUCCCAAAGGGUACCUAA